GAGGGACUUUUAUUUUGGCAGGCGAGCCGAUCUGUCUGUCUAGGUUUCACCAUCACAUCUUCAUCACAUUUGGACAUUUAUCAUCACUGUUUUCCGUCGCUCCUGCCCCUGUCAUCGUCUGUUUUUCGAUCCAGGAUAAUUAUCCAUAUCUUCACCGUCGUCUGAUCCACUAUUUGCGUCUCGGCAUCAGAAAUGGACGUCGACGGCUCGACGACUUGUCCAUUUGACAAGCAGGGCUACAGUUCGACAUUUAAGCGGAAAAGGACUGUGGAAGAUUUCAACAAGUUCUGCACUUUUGUGCUCGCAUAUGCUGGUUAUAUUCCAUAUCCACAGGAGGAGGCACACUUGAGGAACAGCUCCAGUCCUCCUAACAGCACCGGCAGCACUGCAGACAGCGAUGGAUGGGACAACCAGCAGCUGAGCUGCAGUCUGUCUUCUCCGGACGAGCCCCCACCCAAAAACCGCAAGAGCUUUGCUGGAUUUAAGAGACCCACGAGCGAGGAUUCAGAGCCCCAGAAGCGCCCCAAGUCAGCAGGUCUUCUUCUUGAGGGUCGUAAAAAAGCCGACAAGGUAAAGAAGAAGAAGAAGCUAAGGAAGUGUAAGGAUGAGGAUUUUAGAAACUUUGCCCCAUUUACUCCUCCUAGAGUUGAAGGGGAGUUCUCCAGUCUUGGACGUUCCAUCAAAGAAGAACCAGAAGAUUACAUUAGCAUCCCUGUACCCAGCACUGGGUUUGACCAUCCUGCACACACAUGUUCAAAACCUGUCUCAAGUUCACAGAGCUCUGCAGUGUGUAAAGAGGAACCUGACAUUGAGCAUUCAUGCUGGGGUGGCUCUAAAAGUUCAGAUCAAGAGUUUGAGGAUGUCAAGAAACCCUCAAAACUUGAGCGAGAAGCCAUGGUGUUGAAGGAAGAAAGUUUUUCUGCUAAAAGAACUGUGGUCCGUCAGGGAAAGCAAGUGGUAUUUAGAGAUGAGGACGGGUCAGCUGAUGAUGAGGACAUCAUGGUUGAUUCAGAUGAUGACUCCUGGGACCUAGUGACAUGUUUCUGCAUGAAGCCAUUUGCCGGCCGGGCGAUGAUCGAAUGCAACCAGUGCAAUACGUGGAUCCAUCUUUCAUGUGCCAAAAUCCGCAAGUCCAACGUCCCCGAAACGUACAUCUGCCAGAGGUGCAAAGACUCAAAGUUUGACAUUCGCCGCUCCAACCGUUCACGAGUGGGCUCUCGGAAACACCUUCUCGACUGAUGCCCCUCCUCUUCUUCUGCCCAUCCAAUAUGUACAGAAACUCCUUAAAAUUUCUUCUCGAAGAUGAGACUCAACGAGUAUAAGAGGAAGGGCUCAGUCACGUUCUUUCUGUUAGUGUUUUUAAUAUUUCUCAAUCUUCCUAUAUGUUUGCGUCAGGCAAUCAAUACUCGGAUGAUGCAUUAAAAGAGAGCUGAUUUCUGCAGUAUGGAGAUGGUACAUGCCAUACAAGGUAUUAUUGAGUGGUGCUGGAUGAGAGAAACUGGGUUCGGAUUGCACUUUUUUUAAGGACAAGGGGGUAGCUAGUUAUUCCUCUUUGUGCCCAUAGCUUUCAAAAGUAUGUCUAUUUGUUAAAGUAUGUAUAUUAUAUGAAAUAACCGUAAGAUAUUCGUCUUCAAGAUGUUUAGGUGCAUCGUUGUGUGUGGAACCCAACAAAUGUGUAUGAGGCGAAGGGGUUGGAUAAUGUUGGAUAAUCAGCAAGUCACUGAUGCUUCGGAGAGAAACUGUUCUUGCUGCGUUGUGGUAUUUCUUUUUUACAUUUAGUUUUUUUUUUUUUUCAAACAACA